GAGAGAGAGAGAGAGAUGAAAAGAGUUAGACUUCUAGGGUUUGUGGAUCUUUCUGCUGGAUGGCCUUGCCCUUUACAAAAACAGCAAAUAUCAGUGGGAGGGUGCAUGGGGCUCUUCUCAUCUCUACAUAAUACUGUGUUGAAACCACUGAUGAGAGGGUCCCAACAACAGUGAGCUCCACAGCACUCGUGCUUUGUCUCUCUCCUCCUCUUCACCCUCUGAGUUAAGCUCGUUGCUCUCCAUUGGAUCAUUGCUUUUUAUGCUUCAAGGAUCUGUGCAGGACCGAAAGAAGUUUCUGCAGGGAGGAUUAAAACUUUGAAAACAACUGAUGCUGGUUUCCUUCAUCAUCUGAUCUUUAUGAGACUUUUGUUUUUGUUUUUUUCUGGAAUAAUGCCUUUGUGCUGGAAGAGAAGCUCCUGGUUGCCAGUGGUGUUUGGGACUGCGCUGGUCGUUCUUACUGCUGGUAAUGCUGGACCGAAUCAGGACAGGAGGCAGCCUCAGUCAUCCUCGUGCUUUGGAGGCUUUGAUCUCUACUUUGUUUUGGAUAAAUGUUCCAGUGUUUCAGCCUGUUGGCUCAGAUGUUUGUGCUGGGACUUGUGUCAUGAUCUGGGAGCGUGCAGCAUCACUGGACUGAAAUCUAUCACUUUGUUGAAAAUUUAGCUCAGAAGUUCAUAAGCCCACAGUUGCGGAUGUCCUUCAUUGUGUUCUCCACUGAGGGACGGAUCUUAAUGAGGCUCACAGAGGACAGGGAACGCAUUCGCAAAGGACUGGACGAGCUUGAGUUGGUCCGACCAGGAGGAGACACUUUCAUGCAUCUGGGCAUCAUGAGGGCCAGUGAGCAGAUAUACCACGGAAACAUAGAAGGUUAUCGCACCGCCAGUGUUAUCAUAGCUCUGACGGACGGAGAGUUACACGAAGAUCUUUUCUUCUAUGCCGAGAGGGAGGCCAACCGCUCCCGAAGUCUGGGUGCCACGGUUUACUGCGUGGGGGUGAAGGACUUCAAUGAGACACAGCUGGCAAAGAUUGCUGACAGUAAAGACCACGUCUUCCCUGUAAAUGAUGGAUUUGAGGCUCUGCAAGGAGUCAUCGAUUCAAUCCUGAAGAAGUCCUGCAUCGAGAUCCUGGCAGCAGAACCAUCCAGUAUCUGUGCAGGAGAAUCCUUCCAAGUGGUGGUGAGAGGAAGUGGAUUCCUUCACGCCCGAAAUGUUGACAAAGUGCUGUGCAGCUUUCGAAUCAACGACACCCUAACUAAGAUGGUGAAGCCAUUGGUUGUGGAAGAUACAUAUCUUCUCUGCCCUGCCCCGGUGCUUGAAGAGGAGGGGAUGGCAGCAAAUCUUUAUGUCAGCAUGAACGAGGGUCUCAGUUUCAUCUCUAGCUCGGUCACAAUUACCACCGUGAGCUGUUCUGAUGGGACCAUCCUGGCCGUAGCUCUGCUCAUCCUGAUGCUGCUCCUGGUCUUGGCUCUCCUCUGGUGGUUCUGGCCUCUGUGCUGCACUGUGAUCAUCCACGAACCACCACCGCCAGCUGUGGAGGAUAGUUCGGAUGAUGAGGACUUUGAAGCCCCCAAGAAGAAAUGGCCGACUGUCGAUGCCUCCUACUAUGGAGGAAGAGGCGUAGGGGGGAUCAAAAGGAUGGAGGUUCGCUGGGGUGAGAAGGGCUCCACUGAAGAAGGAGCAAAGCUGGAGAAGGCCAAAAAUGCCAAAGUGAAGAUGCCUGAGCAGGAGUAUGUGCCGCCACCCCCUCGGGUUCUUAACAAUGGCAUGCAGAAACCGCUGGCGCCACGCAACUGGUACUCACCCAUUAAGAGCAAACUGGAUGCAUUGUGGGUGCUUUUAAGAAAAGGCUACGACCGUGUGUCUGUAAUGAGACCUCAUCCAGGUGACAAGGGCAGAUGCAUGAACUUCACCCGUGUAAAAUCCCCCCCUAGCUACCCACACUUCAACAAUCACCCAUCUCCCAUCUACAACCCCGCUGGCAGGAAUCCACCUCCACCGCAGGGCACCCUACCACCGACUCCCAGCGCGCCGCCCUUCUCUUCUCUGCCUCCAACACCUCCACCCAUUUCCACCCCUCCCCCUUACACACCACCUCCCAACCGGGCUCUUCCUCCAACCACCUUGCACAUACCCGCCCCACCAGCGCUCCCACCCACGCCUCCCCCCUGCGCAAUCCCAACCGGCUCACUGCCACCUCCUCCUCAGGGACCCCCUCCUGGACGAGCCCCUCCGCCUGCCCGCCCUCCGCCUCGCCCUGGCCUGUAGAAGUCUGGUGGGAGACAGGAGGUGGUCACACAAGACUGAAAAACAUAAUCCAGAGUUCCACCAGCACAUAGCCAUCUUUGAUUGUAACUACAAGUGAGGUGCAACAAGGUGCCAACCUCAGCAGGCUGUAGCCUUUCAGACUUGUGACGAGGAGGAACGAGGACUUGUUUUCAGCUAUUUGUCUACUUUUGUACACAUCUAGCCCAACAGUGCAAUUGCUUGGAUGCUUGAAUUACAUAGACAUUCCCUAUAAAUGAGAUCACGCGGGCCGGCUCAAAAACAAUUGACUGAAAACUGUAUGAAUUCUGACCGAGCAGAGGAUCAACAACUUGUACUAACAGCUCUACAGUUGUCUUCUGAAUGGCCAUGUCACUAAAAAAAAAAUGCCAGUGUAAAGUUCCUGUUUUAUAUAAGAGAAAAGAAAAAGACUCAUCCUGCAAAUGUUCCACAUACAGCAGAUUAAGGAUGAUGCAGAGGCAUCUGAAAACAAUCCUUUUUUUAAAUUCUUGAAUGUUUGCAUGCAAAAGUGCUCGAGUCAUCGUUUGUUCUUUUUUAACAUUUGUACUUGUUUUUAUACAUUUGUAAAUGCUUUCAUUUUUUACUUUGUACUUGUGUAGACCACACUCUUUUCAUUUUGGGGAAAGAAAGACAAUCAUCGGUGAUGACGGCAUGGACAGUAAGUGUACUGAAACAGCAAUGCAAUGUAUCUGAACUUCCAUUGUUCAACUCCUGACUCGCAAACCUAAUGUGAGCCAUAUCUGGCCCGUUUUCCGUGCUCAUUGGUGUAAACAGUAAAUUUGGCUUCACCAGACUUAUGGCUGGAACUGACCUGACCAAGAUGACUGUAAUUACAGCUGUAGGUAACUCUGGGAAUCAGGGAAAAGCUUUGCACAUCGUCUUACUCGUCCACCUACGGCUUCAAAAAAAAGUUGUACAUUAUUAAUGCAAAUAUGCGUGUUCAGUUAUAUGUGUGCCUGUGUGUGCUGUACAUUGAUGAGUCAGUAAACAAUCUUGUUUUACUUUUUUUGCAGAAAGUGUUUAAUUCCUCUGAGAAUAAAAUACGAUGAAAGCCA